UCUCCGCCCCCACCUGCAGCACGCGCAGUGGUCCACCCCGGAUCCCCCAUUUUGGCCGAGGCUGAGAAGGGCGCAUUGGAGCACCCCUCGUCCUGGGGCCCUGCUGCGCCCCUGGGUGCCCCCGCCGUGGCCGGCGGGAUGAAGCCUUUGGAGAAAUUUCUCAAGAAGCAGGGCUCCCACUUGGCUGCCCGGGCUGGCCCUGGGGCCGGGGGGCAGGUGCCUCGCAGGCAAAGCGUCUCCAAGAUCCUGCUGCCUGGAUUCCUCAAGGAGCCCCUCGAAGAGCUGCCUGAAGGGGGCAUGGAAACCUCUGGCGACGGGCGAUGGCUGGAACUGCGGCCCCCGGAUUCCGCUCUGCGCUCCCCAACGUCCUUCUCCUCGGAAGAGCUGUCCCCGGGCGGCGGCGGUGGCAGCGGCGGAGGCGGCGGCAGCGGCGAGAGCCAGCUCAGCCCGGAUUCGGUGCCCACCUGCUGUUGGGCACCGCUGGCAGAACCCGAGAGCCCCGAUCGGUUGCUGGGGAGGCUGCUGGAGAGGCUGGGAGGGGACCCGACAGCCCCCCAUGGGCAUGGCUGUGGUACAGACCUGCUCCUAGAUGACAUUGUCCUCACCCACUCGUUGUUCCUGCCCACGGAGCAGUUCCUGCAUCAGCUGCAUCAGCACUUCAUGACGGCAUCAACAAUCCCAUCACCGUCAUGUUGGAAGGAAGGUGAGGCCAUGCACCGGAAGCGAGCGGUUCUGGUUAUUUUGCUGCAUUUUCUUGAGACGUACAAGGGGAUCUUGCAGGAGGAGGAGAAAGCAGGCAAAGUCAUCAAGGAUCUGUAUCUGCUGAUCAUGAAGGACUCAUCCCUCUACCACAAACUGGAAGAUGAAAUUCUGAAGCUACAUCAACUUGUAGAGACAGUUGAGCUCAAGGUGACUGAAGAAAGCCAUCCCCCCAGCAAACAAGUAAAACCCCUAUUCAGGCAUUUUCGGCGCAUAGAUUCCUGUCUCCAGACGCGGGUUGCUUUCCGUGGGUCAGAUGAAAUCUUCUGCCGUGUCUACAUGCCCGACCACUCCUAUGUCACCAUCCGCAGCCGCCUCUCAGCCUCUGUGCAGGACAUCCUUGCCUCCGUGACAGAGAAGCUCCAGUAUUCUGACGAACAGCCCACGCGGGAGGAGGCGCUCAUCCUGGUGGCGGUAGCAUCUUCCGGAGAGAAAUCUGUGCUACAGCCCAAUGAAGAGUGUGUUUUCACUACCUUGGGGAUAAACAGCCAUCUCUUUGCCUGCACUAAGGAUACUUUUCCAUCACUGGUCCCUCUACCAGAUGAAAUCCAAGUGUCCCCAGGUGAUACAGAGAUCCACCGGGUCGAAGCUGAGGACGUGGCCAAUCACCUCACAGCCUUCCACUGGGAAUUGUUUCGCUGCGUCCAUGAGCUGGAAUUUGUGGACUAUGUGUUCCACGGGGAACGUGGCCGACGGGAAACGGCCAACCUGGAGUUGCUGCUGCAGCGUUGCAGCGAAGUUCAGCACUGGGUGGCCACCGAGGUGUUGCUCUGCGAGUCACUGGGGAAGCGGGCCCACCUGCUCAGGAAGUUCAUCAAGGUUGCAGCUGUAUGUAAACAGAACCAGGACAUGUUAACAUUCUACGCUGUGGUUAUAGGGCUGAACAACGCGCCUGUCAGCCGUUUGCGUCUCACCUGGGAGAAACUUCCAGGGAAAUUUAAGAACCUGUUCCGGAAAUUUGAAAACCUAACCGACCCCUGCAGGAAUCAUAAAAGCUAUAGAGAAGUCCUCUCUAGGAUGAAGCCCCCCAUUAUCCCUUUUGUGCCCCUCAUCUUAAAAGACCUGACAUUUUUGCAUGAAGCUAGCAAAACCUUGGUGGAUGGACUGGUCAAUGUAGAAAAGCUGCACUCGGUAGCAGAGAAAGUUCGGACAAUCAGGAAAUGCCGGAGCCGGCCCCUCUGCCUGGAAAUGGAGUCAUCUCCCCAGCAGCUGCAGACGAAAGCUUAUGUCCGGCAAUUCCAAGUUCUUGACAAUCAGAACCUGCUUUUUGAGCUUUCUCACAAGCUGGAGUCAAACAGCCAAUGAAGCCACUGCCCAGAGGUGGGCAUUGCUGGCAAAGAAUGUUUACUCUGCGUGAUACUCAAGCACUUUUUGGACGUACAGGGGUUCCUCCUAGGGCUUGUCCUGAUUGGAGAGGACGGCAUGGAGUCACCAAACGGCAGGGAUAGCCCAGGGCAUUUUGGUGUCUGAGGUGCGAAAUCAAAAUGGCACCUUGCUUUCCUUCUAAUUAACAUGAGACACAGUUCUGUCAGGGAAUUCUGCUGCUGGGGCUGGCCCAAGACAUUUUUAUGCUGGAGGUGGAAAAUCCAAAUGCCCCCCUCAACACCCCUGCAUAUAUAUAUUUUUUAAAAAACUAUUUAAUAAUUGACAAGUUGCUGCCUUUUUAAUUGUAUCUACCACUUUUGUCUAGUAGCGGAGCUAGCCCUGUUUCCUGCGCAAGCCUCACUGAAAUGAUCGGGAGGUGCGCAAGAGUACAUCUGAGUGGGGCUUGGGCUGGACAACUUCCCAGUGGAUUACAAUUGCCCAUUGGUCAGAUCUGUUGAUUCCUACUCAGCUGUCUUUAAUGGCAUGAAAAGUCUGCUGCCUCUGAGGCAGCCACGCCAUUUUGCCUCAUGGCCUCCUUUUACAGAGUGGUUAGGCCUGAAAAUGAAAUGGCCCGAGGAGAUGGAAUAGUGUUUUGUGGAGGAGGUCAAGCCAAACCUGGAUGUGUUAACUAGCUUGUAGGACAGCUUGCACUGGAGGUCAGUGCCCUAUUCUGGCAGUUUUCCUCCCCACCAUAAGCAUAAUAAAUUUUGAAUCAGAUAAAUAAGCUUCCAAUGUCAUGAAUGGGACACAGUAAAGCUGCCAGAAGCAGCAUGUUCAUUUUCUAUCCUGCUCAUAUUUCUACAGUAUUAAUGUACAUUUAUAUUGCCAUCACAGAAAGAUUUGAUGUAGAAAUCUUUUUUAAAAAAAUAUUAUUAAGGAUUACCAGGACAUUCAGUAAAGUCUUCUCAGGAUUCAGUUCUCACUGACUGUUUAACAACAACAGCUAGUUCAGGUAAAUAAGGUAGAAAAAUAUUUUUGCCUUCCUUGUUAAAACCCUGCAUCGACUGGGUGUGAUGAAUGGAAUAGCAUUCAAAAAUUUCCAUGAUUGGGGUUUGUAACUGGAAUUUUAAAUUUUAAAUACACAUCAAACCUAUAUGUCUACUGCAGUUCCUUAUUGGAACAUAUCCAAACUAGAGACUUUAAGUGGCCUAAAAAUUCAUUCUAGAUCCCCAGAGGAUUGCUGUUCUUUGAUAGGGACCAGGGAGCUCUUAACAAAAAAUCUGUGGCACUCUCACCAAACAACAACUCUUGGAUUCAUUGUGGGAAGCCAUGACAGUUAAAGUGGUAUGAACCAGAGUUGGGGAGAACGUAGAUCUGGAUUAUACUGCUGAAGUCAAGAAAGGUUGAGGCGCCAGGAGAGGAUUUUUGUGUGGAAGGACUGAGAGGUCCCUUCAGUUUUGGUAUUCAAAACAAAUUCCUGGGCUGAGAAUUCUUUAAUUCUAAAUGUAUGUCUUUUGCAUCAGCCUCUAGUUGGUGGAUCUCAGAGUUCCAGUAAAAAGUGAAAUACAUCCUGCAAGUCUGCUUAUCUAUGGUAUAAACCAUAUCAACAUUUAUAGUCUUGAUAUUAGGGAUGUGCUCCGCUUCUAAUCGGACCGGCGAAUUAGAAGCGGAGCAGGGGGCUUCGCCUGCCCUUAAGGCGGAGGCGAAGAGGAU